AUGUGCCAGCCUGUUGCGAUGUGCAGGUGGUCGGUGGUGCAGUGGUGGGUGAAGAGCAACCUAAGAUUUUGCACUUCGGUUGGGAUACUAUACGUGCUCGAGCGCCUUUUUUUGACGAACAGCAUCAAGAGCAAGGGAGGAUCAGCUGCCCGCGCUGAUCAUCAAGUGAGAAUUGAGAACUACUCAUGGAAUGCCGUUGAUGCAUAUGGCAAAUAUUUGCACCAGGACAAUCUGGAUGCCGAGCCCGAAGUCUUGUUAGAGUUGCUCCAGCUUGCAUCUGAGUACAAAGAUGAGACCGGGCUUCAGAGUCUUUGUGCAAGCGUCUUGCGCCGCAAGGUCACCAACGACAAUCUAUGCACAUGCUUCAAGAAGUGUAUGAAGUUCAAGUUCUUCGGUUUGGCCGCAGACGUCUUGAAGCAAGGACUGAACUUGACCAAUGCAUGCGAGGCAUUAAACAUUGCUGGUGAUGCAGUGCGCAAAGCGGUUGACGACUCUGAGAAGACGAUGGUUGAACACAUCCGGGACACAGUAAUGGCAUUUGCGAUCCUUCAUGCCAAGGUGGUUGUUGAAGAUGCAAAGUUUGCAGACUUGCAGCCUGAGAUUGCGAAGCAGCUCUUGCAGAAGUUGGCCAGCAUGAACCUGCUGAAGACUUAG